AUGCCGCCGUCCUACAUCCUGGUCAUUUACAGCAAAUUGCACGAUGCCAAGCAAAAUACGUACCAAUACAAGCUUGCCAACUAUCCUGGUCUCGAGAUCGACGAUGCAUCUCCAUUAUUACAGAAGACAAAUGAGGUCCUUCAGCCAGAUCACUACAGAGCGAUAGGCAAGGACAUCUCCAAUCUUUUCACUGGCCAGUAUGUAUCAAUUCCCCGUAUUUCGUCAAUUCAUACUACACUUGUCGUGUGA